CGGCGCUUUGGCGAUUUUCGUGUGAUAAUUGCAGGCACGAUUGCAGGCAAAUUGCAGGGCUAAGGGCUCGACCACUUGCCUGCACUUGCAAAUGUUGUUUAUCAGGAUCGGUAUGCGGCACGAAAAAAACUUAGUUCAAUAGAGAGUGAUUCAACGCGUUUUAGACAAUGUGGAAGAACCAAUUUUAUGAUGCUGAGGAGGAAGAAACAGUGCGAAGUCUCGAGGUUCUUAUGCGAGCGGUGCAGGAUGAUGAGCAGUUUGAAACACCUACGUCACAUGAACAGGCAGAGGUCGAGGCAGAUGUUCUCAAGCUCUAUAAAUCUAAAAAUCCUCCUAUUUUGGCCAAGAGUAAACACGCCGCUUAUUUGAGAAAAUCUUUGACAAAUAUUCCUACAUCGUGUGAGGUUCUGGACUCGAGUCGACCAUGGUUAUGUUACUGGAGUCUCCACGGUUUGCAAAUAUUGGGUGUUAGACUGGAGGAUAAGGAGUAUUCUAAAAUAAUUGGGUUCUUGAGCCGUUGUCAAUCCCCGGAAGGUGGUUACGGCGGAGGACCAGGUCAAUAUCCUCAUUUGGCACCGACAUAUGCAGCAGUUUCAGCUCUUUGUAUCAUUGGAACCCCCGAAGCUUAUCGGUCGAUCGACCGGCAAGGACUCGUUCGUUUUUUCCAAACCCUCAAAAUGGAGGACGGUGGAUUUUGCAUGCACGUUAAUGGUGAGGUUGACAUUAGGGGCGUUUAUUGCACGAUCGCCGUUGCCAAAUUGACCAACGUCUACACUCCCGAAUUGUUCGUUAAUACUGAUGAUUGGAUCGCAAAAUGUCAAACGUGGGAAGGUGGUUUUGGAUGUUAUCCUGGAACCGAGGCCCACGGAGGUUAUACGUAUUGCGGCUUAGCAUCUCUCGUGUUGCUCGGCAAAACCAACCUUUGUCACAUGCCCUCGCUCUUGCGAUGGAUCGUUAACAAACAAAUGCGUUUGGAGGGUGGAUUUCAAGGUAGAACAAAUAAGUUGAUUGACGGGUGUUACUCGUUCUGGCAAGGUGCCGCCUUCCCCCUUAUUCAUGCAACUCUAUCGAGCGAAGGAAAAUUACCAAAUUCUAAUUAUUGGAUGUUUGAUCAAGAAGCUUUGCAAGAAUACAUCCUCAUAUGUUGUCAAUAUCCUUGGGGAGGCCUUAUCGAUAAACCUGGAAAGGAUCGUGAUACGUAUCACACAUGCUACACUCUCAGCGGACUUUCCAUCGCUCAAAAUUCACCAACGCCACUAAUCGUAGGACCCCGUCACAUAAACUCGGUAGAAAUAAUUCAUCCUCUCUUUAAUUUGGUACUAUCGUCCGUUGCCGAAGCCUCUAAUUAUUUCAACAAAUUACCCAUACCCGAUUGACUCCGUAAACUUUUUAUCCCAUUAAUCGCCAAUGGACCAACGAACGUAUUCAGAUUUUGCGGAUUACUGGAACUCGUGUAAUCGCGCAUCAUUAGAAAACGUUCCAUUCGACGUUGCCGUAUUAAAAAAUGUAAAAUCAUGUUUUAAUUUUUCGUCUGAUCACAUAAUAUAUUCAAUGGUUGAUAUGUCAACAAAAUGUUUCAUUCAAUCAUCAAUGUGCAUUAAUUAACACUCAAUACUAUUUUCUUGUAUAAAUCAUCGCAAGUAUUCGAAAUUAACAACAAAGUUGAACAAUCGAAGAAAUAAAUAUUUAAAUUGUUGAUUAUAAAAA